UAAUACUCCUUUACAGCCUCGGAUGCAGAUGAUGCAAGUUCAACCUAGAAUGAUGCCACAAUCUCAGAUGCAGAUGAUGCCUUAUGCUAACUCUAUGCAAAAGGCUAAUGCAGUGGCUCAUGUGUAUACUGAGAAUGGUUAUAAUCCAUCAGAUGGAUACUUGCAAAUGCCGAUGUCAAUGAAUGGUUCUUAUGGUACUUUGGUUCCUCAAUAUGCCCCACCGGUUAUCCAAGAUGGAAAUACUCAGAAUCUUCAAGACUAUAGUCCUCAGCAAAUUGGACAAAUGGUUUCACAAUUUCAAGCUCAAGUUCAAGUUUCAGAGCCUGUAACUUCUUCAAGCACACCUAGUCCUAUUGCAAAUAUUACAGAACAUGGUUUAAUGGCUCAUACAUCAACUUCUGGAACAUUCUCAGGGCUUGAUGAUUGGGAGGGGUAGAAUAUAUCACAACUUAUACAUUCUUGAGACAGAGAAUACUUCCCUCUCUACAUCAACUCCUGCUGCUUGUUCUUUCUCUGGAUCUGUCAUAAGUGGAAACAUUUGGCAUCAAAGAUUAGGACAUCCAUCAUCUAUUGUCUUACAGAAACUUGUUAGUGUCAUUCCUUCUCUUAAGUCUUUUAAUUCAGAAAAUUCUUGUUCUAUAUGUCCUUUAGCAAAACAAAAGAGAUUAGCUUAUAUUUCUCAUAACAAUUUAGCCUCAAAACCAUUUGAUCUUGUUCAUUUGGAUAUAUGGGGUCCUUUUCAUGUUGAAUCUGUUGAAGGCUUUAGAUAUUUUCUUACUUUAGUAGAUGAUUGUACAAGAACCACUUGGAUUUAUAUGCUAAGAAAUAAAAAGGAUGUUUCAACUGUAUUUCCUGUUUUUGUUAAACUUGUUUCAACUCAAUUCAAUACAAAAAUAAAAUCUAUAAGAUCUGAUAAUGCCCCUGAGCUUGCUUUUACUGAAUUAGUUAAAGAACAAGGCAUGAUGCAUUAUUUUUCUUGUGCUUAUACUCCCCAACAGAACUCUGUUGUUGAGAGAAAGCAUCAGCAUCUUUUAAAUGUUGCAAGAUCUUUGCUUUUUCAGUCUAAUGUGCCUCUUCAAUAUUGGAGUGAUUGUGUGUUUACAGCCGUUUUCUUAAUCAAUCGCUUACCAUCACCAUUGCUUAAGAAUAAAUCGCCUUAUGAACU